ACAAUCUCUUUUUCCUCUCUGUAUGUGCGAGUCCUUUACACAACAACCUAGUCAGAAUUGGGUUCUCUUCUGUAAUCACUCCUCCUUUUUCAAUGUUUUGUUGUCAUCGGUUCUGAUUCAUAUCGAUAAAUAUUGAUGCUCCUAUGUUAACAUUUUUUUGGCAAUUUUAUUUGGAAUCUUGUGUGUUGUUGUAACGUCUAUGUUGGGAUUAGGUUAGUUUGUUGAGAAGGGAUUGAUAUAUUGCAAAGGUUAGAUUUUGGAUGGGAAUUAUUUGGUUUAGGUUCUGGGUCAAUUAUUGAUUUUGGGUGUGGUGAAGAUGAGAUUUUGGGGACUAAGCCAAACGCUUCACAGAAUUACACGGUUUCCCAGUGCUUAAAUGGUGAAUAUGCAAUUGUUGAUGAUUGGUUUGAAGUGGUGGUGGGUGCAUAUGCUGCUGGGUGGAUGUUAUUUUGGAAUCUGUAGAUAAGUAUGACGUGCAGGAGGUUGUUUCACAAAUUUGUUUGUAUACUACAUAAUUGAUUGGUGUUUGCUUCAUCGUCAUCAUCAACCUUCAUCAUUAUCGUCAUGUAGUUAGAGUUUUCUGUAUGAAUUCUCUUAUAACAUCAGUUCAUAUCUAAGCCAUUCCCAUCCUACAGAGAUUAGAGUCCUUAUAAUUUGUUAUGGUUUUCAUUCUUUUUAUUGUUGUAUAUUAAUUGCAACAUUUGUGUUUUUGCUGUGUUUAUUUCAAAUGACACAUCAUUCCAGCGCAUAUAGCAAAGCUACAUAAUUUAGUCUUCAACGUAAAGGGUAUUUUCAGAUGCACUUUUUCAAGUUCAUUCAACUAGUUGUACUCCUGUUAGAUACAUGUCCUUGAUUUAUUUUCUUCAUUAUGAAUUAGAAAUUCUUGCAAUUUUCACUUUUAGUACUUCUUUCUGAUGUAUUUUGAUCAAUUGAAUGAUGCUUGCAUGAUUUGGUAAUGUAUGGAAUACUAUUUUUAUCAGAUGCUAGAUAUCCAUCUUAGUAUCUUUGCCUAUUUUACAUUCAGUGGAUUCUAUUACAUUAUUUUUUAUAUGAAUGGUGGGGUGAAUUGGGCUUGGUGUGAUCCUGUAAUACGGUGACCAAGUCAUACACUACAGUGUAAUGUAUUUGAUUGCAUGUGAUUGAUUGCGGCAAUUGAAUAGUAUUGUGGAUGUCUUGAGAAACUUAUCCAAAGAUUUUCUUUAUUUGCUACUUUGUUUCCUUGAUAACCUAUGGAAAUCUUGUUAGUGAUCUUUAAAUUUGACCGCUGCUGCUGUUUUCUUUUGUAAUUGCAGGUUUUAAGACUCAUUGGUAACCUCGUGGCUACAGAGAGCCAUUAACGUUCAAGGCUGUAUUCUAUCAAGUUUAUACGACUUUGAUUACAUGCUUGAUGCCUCGGACCAUUGCAUGAUACCAUAUAAAUUCAAGAAGAGAUUCAGAUUUCUCAUUUGGUUACGCAAGUAAAGCACAGCAGCUUCCAGUAGGGAAUAGUGUAGAUUUCUUCCUUCUGGUUAGUAUAUAUAUGGGCUAGACUGAUAUGGCUGAGUUUUAUUUCAUUUAUCAUGUGCAUUGCCUGUUUUUAUUUUUAAUGGUAUGUAUUUUACUGUGAGUUGCCUUCUUGUUUCUUUUCAGAUAGGUUAUACUUCCUUUAAUACUUCAACAGCACCCCCCACCCACCCACCACCCCACCCUCGCACAAAAAAGAAGCGUGGUUUCAUGUUUCCAAGUUUGUCUGUUUUGAUCCUUGUGGUAAGGUUAGAAAGUUGAUUCCUAGCAGAAAGAUUGUGUUGGACAACUGAUAGUGCUAGGUGUGUUUAAUUGAAUUUUUUACAACCCUCAGAAGUUAAGAGAAAUGGUUGAGUAAAUGAGGGAAUUGAGCGAAAUUGGUAACUUUUAUUUACUCCAGUGACUUGGUCUUUGCAUUAUGCCUCGAGGCUUUAGCACUUGUUAGUCUUUUGUAUGAGCGAUUUACUGUUGUGUGUAUUUUAUUUCUGUAGUGUUGUGGUUUGCUAACGUCAGUUUAUGUGGUAUAUUUAAUUAGUCUGCUGUGACUACAUUAAGUAACUAGUAUUAUCUGUCUAUCGAUAUCGAGUCAUAUACACUUGUGCUGGCAUUCUACUAAGACAAAUAUGUUUAGUAAAUUACGACAGUGCAUGCAAGAUGGCUGGGGUGAAACGAAGAAUAUGUUGUGAUUCAGAAAUCAACGGUUUUCACAAAGAAUUGGAUGAAGUCUCAUGCGCUAUUUGCAUGGACCAUCCACAUAAUGAUGUCCUCAUCCUGUGUAGUUCACAUGAGAAUGGUUGCAGAUCUUAUAUUUGUGAUACAAGUUACCGACAUUCAAAUUGCCUAGACAGGUUCAAAAAAUCAAGGACUGAUUCUAUGAAUGAUUCAACCUUACCCUCUAUUUUAUCUUCUGUCCCAUAUAGUUCUAUUCUCUCUUCUGAUGACUUGGACUUGCCUUUGAGAACUGACAUUAUUGAAGGUAAUGAUGAAAACAAUGCAAAUGAAAGAAACACUAUAACUUCUUUUAGAAUGCCUGAAGGACUGGUAGAAAAUAAUAUUCAUGAUCAUACUCAGCAUUUAGCAGCACGGAGAGAAGCCAAUCCACAAUUUGGUAAUAUUGGGCCUCAUCGUGGAAGGCAUGACAAUGAAGAGUUGGAUGUGGUGAAUCUGUCGGAGUCGAGAUUGAGUUUGAAAUGCCCUUUGUGCCGGGGAGACAUACUAGGGUGGAAAGUUGUAGAAGAGGCCAGGAAGUAUCUUAACUCGAAGAAGCGUAGCUGCACCCGGGAAGCUUGCUCAUUCUUGGGGAACUAUCAGGAAUUGCGUCGGCAUGCUAGGAGGCUUCACCCAACUACACGACCUUCUAAUGUUGAUCCAUCCAGAGAACGAGCAUGGAGACGCCUUGAGCACCAGAGAGAAUAUGGUGAUAUUGUUAGUGCUAUUUGCUCAGCUAUUCCAGGCACUGUUGUUGUUGGGGACUACGCGAUUGAAACUGGGGAUAUGUUACCGGUUGAAAGGGGAAGUGGAGCUGGCGAACCUACUGCACCUUGGCGGACUGCUUUCUUUCUGCUCCAGAUGAUAGACUCGAUGGACAGGGUUGGUGAGCCAAGGGGUCGGUCAAGGGCCUGGACUAGGCAUCGUCGCAAUGCAGGAGCUUUAGCUGACCGCCGGUAUCUUUGGGGUGAGAAUUUGUUGGGUCUACAAGAUGAAAACGAUGACAAUGAGGAUGACUCACAUGUGCUGGACAAUGCUAGAGAAGACGUAUCUCCAAUUCCAAGAAGACGCAAGCGUCUACUGUGCCCAAGGACAAAUGAGGAUCGGCCAUGAGAGGCAUCAGCAAAUCUCUGACUUACAGUAAUUCACAAGCUUGGAGGAAGCUCUAAAGCUGAAAAGAUUUGUUCGAGGAUGUAUUUAGAAUGCUUGCAGCAUAUUACCUUGUUGAGAUUGAAGACAAGUCUUGAUGUUGUCUCUAAUUCAACUGCAAGUAUAUUGUUUCAAAACAUAUGUAUUAUAUGUAGUGUGUGAUUUGAUUGAUUGUUCUGUUCUACUUCUAUCUACGCCUCUUCUGCUGUAUAUUUGUGACUUUGUGUCAAAACAAUGGAUUGAUUAUUGUCGGGGGUCUGAGUA